CUUCUCUGCACUGGGAUCAGCUUUCCUGCCACAGCCCCUCACCCCCUGAAAAUGUUUGCCUGCCCCAAGCUUGUCUCCACCCCUUCCCUUCUCAACAGUGCCUCUCAGCUACUGAGCCAUCGUCCAUUGUCUGCAGUGGUGCUGAAACAACCAGAGACACUGGCAGAUGAAAACUUCAGCUGCUUGAGAGCCCCAUGUUCCUUAAUUUCAAUUAUCCCUAGUCACAGCUUCCAAACCUGGACCAUCUCAAGGGAUAGAGGCUCAGCAGCCAAGUUUCUUGGGGCUGGGGCUGCCACAGUUGGAGUGGCUGGCUCUGGAGCUGUGUUAGGGAGCCUCAUCACUGGUUGUGGCAGGAAUCCUUCUCUGAAGCAGCUGUUUUUCUCUUGUGACAUUGUGGACUUCGCUCUCUCAAAGGCCAUGGGCCUCUUUUGCCUGAUGGUGGCCUUUCCAAUCCUUGUCGCCAUGUGA